AUGAGUCAACAAUUUUUUAAAUUACCUUCUAGUGAAAUCGGCAGUAAUCAUGAGGGUUUUUUGACAUCGGCUCCAGUCAAAGCCCACGCUAUUGCAGGCGAAGACUAUUGUAUAUUAGCUUCUGAUACUCGUCAAAAUAAAGCAGCAAUUUCUUUGAAUGGAUAUGCAGCAGAUGGCAUUGCAAUGGUUAAGAAACUUAAACAAAAGAUGGAGUGGUAUGAACACGCACACGAUAAAGAGAUGUCAACACCAGCUUUGGCUCAAAUGAUUGCAAUCACAUUAUAUGUGAAACGUUUCUUUCCAUAUUAUAUUUCCAAUACAUUGGCUGGACUUGAUGAGAAUGGAAAAGGAGUUAUUUAUCGUUUUGAUCCAGUUGGUUCAUUUGAGCCAGUGCCUUUACCAUUACCACUUGAUAAAGCAAUUACUAUCGCAAAAGAUGCGUUUACAUCAGCUGUAGAAAGAUAUAUAUACACUGGCGACUAUUUAGAAAUAUUUGUUAUUACAAAAGAUGGAGUUGAAAUUCAAUCAUAUGAUUUGAAGAAAGAUUAA